AUGACUUUCAUCUCAGAUUUCUUUGGCCUUUACGCUAAAUCAUCUUAUUUUGCCCCCUGCAUCCCUUGUACAGCUAAGACGGAGAUAAGUGUGACGGGAUUGAGACGGGACAAGAGAAAAUGGUGCAGCCAGCAUCUCUGGAGUAAUUUCGCUGUUAUUAACAUGUCAAGGCUCAACACAAGCAUUAUAGAGGUCCUACCGUGA